AGUAAUGGUGGAAAAUGACGAGUGGUAAAGGACGGGACUUUCUAUUAGAAAAUUUGGUAUAAGAACUCACCAUAUUUUGUGCCAUGAAAAUGGCUUUGGGAUUCCAAUUUGGUGGGCUCCCUGCUCACUACCCAACAAUUUUCCCUUCCCAUAUCCUCCUUCCACUCAUUUCCCACACAAAUCCACAGUGCUCAGUGCCAUUUCAUGUCAACUCCAAUGGCUUUAUCUCCAUUAACCCAACUUUCUUUGAACUCCUCUCUUGUUCAUGUAGCAGAAAGCUUGAAUUUUUAGAUUUUUUGGUGCAUUUUUUUGCCCGGAAAGUUGAAGAAUCAAAACCCAUUUCACCAAAUUGGUCUUAAAUGGGAUACCUUUCUUGUAAGGCAGAAUCAGCCAUUGCCAUCUCCAACCCAGCUUCUCAAACUACUUCUUCUAAAACCUCCCAAAAUAAACAUGAAAAACCCAUCAAGAUCCAACAGUUUCAUUACAGUGAUCUUGUGGCGGCUACCAAUGGUUUUUCUGACCAGAAACUGCUAGGUAAAGGCAGCCAUGGCUGUGUCUACAAGGCUGUUAUUCGUGGGCGCCAUGUAGCCGUCAAGAAACCUUCAAAAGGUGUUGAUAUUGGGCAGGAAGUGGAUAAUGAGAUCGAGAUCUUGUCAAAGAUUCACAGCCCAAGAUUGGUAAACUUGUUAGGAUUUGCAAAUGAUACUAAAGAUAGAUUGCUUGUUGUUGAAUUUAUGAGCAAUGGUACUCUUUAUGAUAUUCUUCACUCAAAUUCAAGACCACUCAAUUGGGGUCGAAGAAUUCGAAUGGCUUUGCAAAUUGCUAAGGCUAUUGACACUUUACACUCCCAAAACCCACCAAUAAUCCAUAGAGAUAUAAAGUCUGCAAAUGUUUUGAUUGAUAGAAAUUUUAAUGCAAGAUUGGGUGAUUUUGGUUUAGCUCUAAGGUGUGGUAUUGAUGAUGAUUAUAGACUUAAAUCAACUCCACCUGCUGGUACUAUGGGCUAUCUUGAUCCAUGUUAUGUUACUCCAGAUAAUUUGAGUACUAAAACUGAUGUAUUUAGUUUUGGGAUUUUGUUGUUGGAGAUCAUUAGUGGAAGGAAGGCCAUUGAUGUGGGGCAUUCACCACCUUCUAUUGUGGAUUGGGCGAUUCCAUUGAUAAAGAAAGGGAAGCUUGUUGCCAUUUAUGAUCCAAGAAUUGCCCCUCUUAAGGAUCCCAUGACAAGGAAGCAAUUGGCUUUGAUUGCUGCUAAAUGUGUGAGGUCUUGUAGAGAGAGGAGGCCGGCGAUGAAGGAGGUGAUUGAAUGGUUAACUUCUUUAAGUAAAUUGGUUCCUCUUCAUUCAUGGAAUGGAUUCAACAAUCCAUGUAUGAUGGUGGAGACAAUGGGACGUACAGUUGAAUUCAGAAACAACCAUUUUGGAGAAGAGAAUUUGGAUGGUGCAGAGGGCAAACUUGGUGCAAAAUCAGUGAAGGAUUCGCGGAGAGUGUAUUCAGAUUUGGGGUUUCGAAGCAAUUUAAUGGAACUAAUGGCUGGAACAGAAGGGGAGUCUGGAUUUUUGGGAGAGAUUGAUGGGUUUGAAUCUACUUUCAAGUCUGCAAAUCGGACGUUUAGUUCUAGAUUUGAUAGUGCAAGAUUUGGCAUCAAAGGAAGAGCUCAAACCAAAACUUAUCGUGAUAACAAAGGUCUCUUUCGAAUAAGAAGAAACCAAUCUGCUGGAGAUGGUUCAGAAAUAUUUUCCAACCACAACAACACAUUUGCUCGUUCGAGUUUUAGUACUCAAGGAUGUCAUGACAUCUAGCAAAGUGUAAAAAAACAUUAUUGAAGCCGACUCGAACGCAGAGCAAAGCUCAGGCUCGUAAUCUUUCUACUGAUUGCGAAUUUCACUGAUAUAGAUUUGUUAGUAGUUCAUUGUUUUGUGAGUUUUCAAUUAAUCAGCAAUGCUUACUGAAAUGUCAAUAUGUUGCUUGAUUUGACAUGUGUAUAUCAAUGCUCAUUGCUGAUGUCCCUGAAAUCAGCUUUGUGCAGAAUUGCUGUUGAGUAAAUGCAUAAAUCUGAUCUACAAUUCUUCUGUUCUCUGCA